AUGGGCCUAAUCGUGCGAAGCGGUGCUACGGACCUGGAUGUGCAUGCAACUUCAAUCAAGGAGGAGGCGGUUUCUACCCAGCCGGAGGAUUCGGUCGAGGAUAUUUCGGUGCUAUGGGGAAGACGAGGAUUCUUCGGAGGGAGAAGAUUCGGUGGUGGUUUCGGUCCUAUGGGUCCAAUGGGUCCGGGUCCAAUGGGUCCAAUGGGUCCAAUCGGUCCAGCGGGUCCAACGGGCUGUGGAAUGGGUGGAAUGCCUCCUCCUCCGCCUCCUCCAGUUGCAGAAUCGCAGUUCCGUAAAAUGAUGUCACCGUGUGUUUCUCUCCUUUCCUAUGAUCGCCAUCAGGCAACAUUGAUUGAGCUUUUAGAAUUCGGAGAAAUUUUCAUUCUACAGUUCGACUAA